AUGGAAAACACGAACGCAGGUGCAAACGGAACAACUGUUAGCGGUUUUUGCGCUACAGUCGCCUUUAUGGACAUCAAGUCUGCUUCAAAGGCGCACAAUGCCGAGCACGUGCUGGACGAGAGAACACUCACCACGGAGUACUACGAGCCAGCAGCGAUACCAUCGGCCGCGGGCGCGCCUUCGGCUGGCUCCUCGCCCGCUGGUUCUGGCUAUUCGGGCUCUUCGUCCUCCGUGAACUCAGCUCCAGCGCCUGUCAACAUCACGCGCUAUCAUCUGUCGUAA